AUGUUGCUCCAGGCUAAGAUAGAUGAGGAGUACAUGUCGCUGAUGGCGGAGCUGGGCGAGUCCGGGCCGCCCGCCCCCUCGCCCCGCGGCUUCGCGCCCGCACCCCGCGCGCCCCCGCGCCCGCCGCCCCCCAUGUACGCGCACGCCGCCCCGCCCCGCGCCAUCCUGCCGCCGCCCCCGCCGCCCGCGCCCUGGAUGGGAGUCGGGAUGCAGCCGCCGCCGCCCGGCGCGGGCCCGCCGCCCUUCCACAUGAGCGACAAGAUGCCGGGGCCGCCCGGACCCCCCGGGCCCAUGCCGCCCCCUCCACCAGGUAUGAUGGGUCCCGGACCGUGGCGCGGGUUCGGUCCCAGCCCGCCGUGGGGGGGCCCGCCGCCCCCGCCCGCCUUCCUCGCCCCGCCGCCGCCCCCUCCACCCGUCUCCUCCUCGUAGACCUGGCGCCACACAACAUCGACGUGUCUGCGGCCGCCAGCGCCACGGCGAUCGUUCUGAUUGUCUACGCAUACUCUGCGAUAGAUAUAUUAAUGUUUCAAUUACUUACAAAAUUAAAUGAAAGUGCAUAUUUCGACAAUUCAAUUCAACACAAGAAGUAUCAUUCAAUUGUACUAUAUUUAAUAUUUUAUCUUUCAAAUGAACUGUUAAAAACACUUAGAAAUGAAUUUUGUAAAAAAUUACCUUUUAAAGCAGUGAUGAGGUAACGGAAAGCAAUAAAAUGAUUACUAAUGUGAAA